GCGGGGCUUUCUAAUGUUCCUUAACAGGAAGAAAAGAUCAUCAACUGAAAUUAUGCCGUUUAAUACAAGUUAAAGCCCGCGAUCGGCCAUAUAAAUGACGCCAACAACCAAAGUAGACUAAUAAUCGUGCCUCUAAGUAACAGUUUAGUAUAAACGUGCGUGAUUCUGUUCGCCAGUCAGCACUUGUGUCUCAGCAACAGCUUGAGUGAAGCGCGCUUCACUAGCAGUCCACGAACAAGCCAGCUUUUGUUUUUUUGACCUCGAAGAUGAGCUUUUCACGGGAAAUAAAACUGCUUCAGAAGGCCAAAGACAAAGCCCAAAACAGCAGCAACAUAAGAGAGGAGGCUAACAUCUGCAAUCAGCUCGGAGAGCUGCUAUCAAGAAAUGGUAACUAUGAGGCCGCCAUUGAGGAGCACCGGCAGGAGUUGGCGCUCUCUGAAGUUUUAAACGAUGUUAUCGGACGAGCUGUGGCCAAUCGUAAGAUAGGAGAGUGCUAUGCAGAGUUGGGGAACAUUGAGGCAGCCUUGAAACAUCAGCGCUGUCACCUGGACCUGGCCCGUUCUGUCAGCGACCACGCUGAGGAGCAGAGAGCGCUGGCCACUAUCGGCCGAACCUACCUCUUCCGCUACGAAUCGGACCACUCGAGGGAAAGUCUAGAACAAGCAGAAGAUGCCUUCAGGAAGAGCUUGGCCAUUGCAGAUGAUCUAAUAGGCACAGUGCCAGAGCGAGAGAUUAAUGAGAUGAAAGCUCGACUCUUCCUCAAUCUCGGUUUGGUUUGUGACCACCUGGGGGAGCCCAAGCGCUGCAGCGAGUUCAUUCGACGCAGCGUCUUCAUCGCAGAGAAGAGCAUGCUCUUGGAAGAUCUCUACCGUGCCAACUUCAACCUUGGCAACAUCUUCUUCCGCAAUGGCCAACACUCCAAUGCUGUGCGUUGCCUGGAGCAGGCCAAAGAGUGCGCCCGCAAAAUGAAGGACAAGUUCAGCGAGAGCGAGUGCUUCCAUUGCAUUGGCAAGGUCCAGCUUUCUUUGGGUGAUUUUGUGGCUGCAAGACGCUCUCUGAAAAAGGCUCUGGUAUUGGGUUCCCAGCAGCUUGUGGACAGGCAGGCAGCAAAGAAAGCUUUUAAAUACGCCGACCAGGGUUUUAAGUUAGAAGAGGAUCUGGGGGAGAAUCAGAGAAGCAACUCCCAUGAGGCCGUGGGUUUGGCUGAACAACUUGGAGAUCUCUACUGUAAGGUUGGCUGCUUCCACAAAGCUGUGGAUGCAUAUCAAGCCCAGCUCACAGGUGCUGAGGCAUUGGGGAAGCCCGCACGCGAGCUGGCGGUCAUCCAUGUGUCUCUGGCCGCGACCUUCACUGACCUGCGUCGGCACAGUGAAGCGGUGCUGCACUACAAGCAGGAGCUGGCAUUACGGCAGGGCAGCCCGGCCGAGGAAUGUAGCACCUGGCUAAACAUUGCAGCAGCUCAGGAGGAGAGUGGUGCUACCUUUGAGGAUCAGGAGAAAAGCUUCUGUGCGGCCCGACGUUGUGCUGAAACAUGUGGACGGGCCACACUGCAAAAGCGUGUAUUGAGGCUAUGGCUGGCAGCUCAGAGGCGAAGUGGCUCAGCCAACGUCGAUGACAUUGAAGCCAAAUUGCUGGAGCUGUGUGCGUCAGAGAGCUUGAAUCCACAUGACAGUGACGGGGAGGAGGAGGAAGAGCAAGAGGAGGGGGUGGACAACAGUGAACCUCUGGAUGAUAGUGAUGUUGUUCUCUCUGACUCAGAUGACGACCUGGAAGGAUAUGACAAGAUGGUGUCAGGAAGGAGGAAAGUGGUACGGUGGAACAAGAGGAAUGAGAAGGGUGAGACGUCCCUCCACAGGGCGUGCAUCGACGGGAACUUGAGGCAGGUCCAGUAUCUGGUGGAGCAGGGUCACCCAAUAAACCCCAGGGACUACUGUGGCUGGUCUCCGCUACAUGAGGCCUGCAACCACGGUCACCAUGAUAUUGUAGUUGUGCUGCUAGAACGAGGUGCGAACAUCAAUGACCCGGGCGGCCCCUUGUGUGAGGGGGUAACUCCUCUUCACGACGCCCUGGCGUGCGGCAAUUUUACAGUAGCCAGGCUCCUGGUUGAACGAGGGGCCUCUGUUAACCUCCGUAACUCUAAGGGUGAGACUGCACUGGACACACUCCGUCAGUGGCAGAGGAUGUACAGCAAAGAAUUGGACCAUGAAGCCAGGCAGGAAUGUGCUGCUACGGAGCGACUGCUGAAGAAGGCAUUUGCAGGAGGAGUCCACAUUGCUGCUGCCCCACCCAAACCUUUUGAUGCACUUCAGGACAGCCAACUGUUUGACGCAGAGAAUUCUGAGCCCCUUACAUCCUCAGAUGGGGGGGGUGCCUCCAGUCAAGACUGGCCUGGGACCACCGAGAGGUCUGGGGUGAACACGGCAGUGUCCGCAAGCAUUAAACGGCGGCAGCUCAGUGGCUCAUCUCAGCGUCCCCGAGCUAGAGACACAGAGGCUACCCUUGUCUAUACGAAUAAGAGCAGCUCUUCACAAGACAGCGACUCCGACAGCCCUGUCAGUCCCCUUCGUCCAGCCCGCCCAAGAACCUCCAUACCAGCAGCUCCAAGCCAAAAUAAUACAAUCCCAAACAAGGACGUCGGCUCAAGUCGGGAAACUGUCAGGGAUCCCUCCACAGGAUCUGUCUUUACCCAAGCGGAGUACCACAGCGCCAUCAGAGGGUUGGGCAGUGCUAAAACUCUCCUGCAGGGCGUCUCACAGCCUCACUUCUCCAGUCCCCGGGGCCUUUCAUGCAGCAGCAAAUCAGCUCUGGUUCCCGAGGAGGAGUAUCUGGUGGACGACUGGCUGGAGGAUGAUUUACAGCAGUGUCAACCCAAGAAGAAGAGGAAGCUUCAAGUUCAACAGAAUGGUGCACGAGAUGAUGUUCUGCCUUUAACUGCCAGGGGGGCCAACUCUCAGACAUCUUGCAGGAGUCCUGCAGUUCUGCCGUCUAGCAGCAGAGGACUCUCUAUGAGAAAGAAUAACUCAUUGAAGCCUCACCAGGUGAAAAUGACACAAAUGCCGGGUAUGGUCCGAUUGGGGAGGCGAGAGAUCAACAGGUCUCAUAGCCCCACCCUGACAGAUGAUGAAACGAGGCCAGAAACACCUCCACCACCUCAUCAAACACACAUGCAGCCUCUGACUCAGACGCCAGCUGUCUCCAUCCCAGCAUCACUGCCUCCACCUAUAAGGAUGAGGGUCAGAGUUCAGGAUGAUGUCUUCCUCAUCCCGGUUCCACAGAGCGAGGCAGACUCAUGCACCGUGUCAUGGCUCUGCCAUCAGGCAGCCCAGCGUUACUACCACAAGUGUGGCCUCCUGCCUCGCCUCUCUCUGCAGAAAGAGGGCGCACUGCUGUCCCCACAUGACUUGCUCCUGACUGUUCUGCAUACCAACGAGGAGGUGUUGGCGGAGGUGUCUUCCUGGGACCUCCCCCCUCUUCCCGAGCGCUACAAGAAGGCGUGCCUUAGCCUGGCAGUAGAGGAGAAUAAACACGUCACCCAUCUGUGUGAGGUGCAGGACGGCAACUCCUCCGUGUUGGUGUGCGGCCUCGGCUUGGCACCGCCCGCCCUAGCCGCCCUCCUCCGUGCCCUCAAACUGCAGGCCAGCCUCACCGAACUGCGCCUUUCAGGCAACCGCCUUCAUGAUAACCUUCUUGUCGAGCUGAUCACCACCGUUGCCACCAUUCCCCGGCUCGCUCUGCUGGACAUUUCAUCCAAUCGGGUCACAGGGGAGGGGCUCCAGAAGGCAGCCAGCACUUUAAAGGGACUCAACCAGCCUGCAUUUCCGUAUCUGAAGGAGUUAGACCUCAGCCUGAAUCCACUCGGUGACAAUAUAUCAGAAUCUCUGUCCUGCCUGCUGUCCUCUUGCCCGCUGCUGGCCAAACUGUCUCUGCGUGGCUGUGACCUCACUUCUCGCUUCCUGCAGCAACAUCGAAUGCUGCUCGCCAGCGCCCUCACAGGGACGGGCCACUUGAAGUCAGUGUGUCUAUCCCACAACCCACUGGGCUCCACCGGCUUUGAGCUGGUGUUGAAAACUCUCCCCCUACACACUCUCACACACUUGGACCUGUCUGCAGUACGCAAGGGGCCUGCUGAUUACCCGGCACUGGAACACCUCGCCAGCCUUCUGUCACAGGAUGAUUGCUCAUUAAGCCACCUCAGUUUGGCCGCUAAUGGGUUAACAGACACCAGUGCAGCCACUUUGGCCAGGUGCCUGCCAACAUGUCCCACUCUAGUGAAUUUGAACCUAUCAGGAAACCCCUCCAUCACCUCAGCUGGAUUUCACAGCAUCCUGAACGCCCUCCGAGAGGCGUGUCGACCUCUAACCCUUCUAAACCUUCAAGGUUGCCAGGUGUCAGGGCCUUUAGGAGUGGAAGACUUGGACGGUUUGUCAGAGCUCGUCCGAGAUCUCCGUCUUUGCUCUCAGGGCCUCAACAAGCUGGACCGGGAAACCCUAAAGCAGACGUGGACCAACAGUCAGCCUAAUGGGUAUUUUGUAGACAGAAAGGCAGCAUGCCUGCUCACCACUGUGGCCUCCUUGUGAUGCUUUAGCGACCGUGGCAGAUCUUUGUUUGGGAAUCAUGUCAAAUCUGCAGUUGCAUUUUAUGUCACACAUAAAAAAAAUAUUAAUACUUUAACUUUUAAGUAUACAAUUUAAGCCAGAAUGCACACAUUAUUACCAUCAUAAUCUAGUAAAGAAAAAUAUUAGUUGAGACACUUUUGUGUACAUAGUUUGUAUGCUUCGUUCAACUUAUUUAUGUGUUUAUGUAAGGUCUUGAAAGCUGUAUAAAGGCAUUUUGUUAGCUUCGUAUUUGUCCUUAAAGAAAAAAAAUAAAUGUACUAGUCAAGGUUUGUUAUUGUAAAGAACUAAUAUUUUUAUUUAAUACAGAAUUUACAUUAUUUACUGUAGUUCUUCAAAUAGAGUUCUCCAUUUUAAUAGACAAAGUGCCUCACUUAAUUGCUGAGUGCAUUGUGAUCUUAGUAAAAAAAAAAAAACUCAAAUACAUGCUGCAGUAAAAAAAAGCCCUUUCUCCGAGGUUGUUAUUUCUGUAGUUACUGUAUUUAAUAUUUGCUUUAGCUUAUUUACAUUAGUACAUCAUAAUAGCAAUUAUUAUAUAAUUAUUAUUGUUUUCAAAUCAGACAAAAUACGGCCUGCUGAUACACUUAAAAUUGCGUGCCAGUCCUCAGGUGAUGUGAUUUGCACACAAAAAAUACACCAAUGGUGAAACAUGAAAUACAUUUUUGCAAGUAAGAAAAUAAAGGCUCCCUCUCUAAUAAACACCUCACCUCUAAUGAAUGCAAAUGUGCUUAAAAUGACAUCAUCCUCAUGAAGUGAAUUGGUUAUUUGCAUAGAACUACAUUAUUAGUGGAUAAAUGUUUUUUAAAAAUACAUUUUUGUAAGAAAGAAAAUAAAGGCAUCCACUCUAAUAAACACCUCACCUCUAAUAAAUGUGAAUGUGCUUAAAAUUACAUCAUCCUCCUGAAGUGAAGUGGUUAUUUGCAUAGAACUACAUUAUUAGUGGUACAAAAAAAUUGUAAGUUAAUAAAUGUCUCUUCUAUAAUAA